AUGACCACAGCUCAAAUUACAUUUACAUCUAAUGGGGGAAUGCAAUUUGUUAAAAAUUACCAAAAAAAUGAUCAAGGAGGUGUAGAUAGUUGCUCUGACACUCUUGUAAUUCCUAUUUCACCUGAUUCUGAAAACUAUCAUGGCCCCAUUUAUGAUUUUAAGUAUUAUUUUGCUAAAAGACCAAAAAAUUUUAGCUGUUCAUCUUUUUAUUUGCAAGUUAAUAAGAAUAUAAAAAGUGAAAAAACAUGUAGAUCUUUAAUGAAAACUAUUUGUAUCGCAGCAGAUAUUGAUCUAAAAGAUCAGAACAUUGUUAAUCAUUCUGGAAGAUCUAUACCAAUUACUUUCCUAUUUCAAAAGGGUGUCUCAACAGUUACUACAAUGUUAUUAACUGGACAUAACAGCGAAUCAUCAUACAGGAUUUAUGCAUGCCCAUCACAGCAGCAAAAAGAAGAAGCACUAUCAUUAUUAAUAAAUAAUGUUAGAACUUUACCUUUAAAAGAUUCAAAAACUUCAAACAAUUUAGAUACUUCAAGUAAUUUGAACACAUUAAGUAAUUCUGAUUUAAACAAUACAAAGAUAUAA